AUGCAGAUCAAGUCAAUCCUCCUUACCAUCUUCGCCGCCGCUGCUCUCGCCAGCGCCAUGGAUGUUGACCCCGCGGUCGAGCAAAAAGAGUGCGUAGACCAUGCCAAAACAUAUCGCGGCACGAACCCCUCUACAGACGUUGAGGAUCUCUGCAGGAAAUGCCGAAUCGAUUCAAGCAAGCAGUGUGCAUCUGCCAAGAAGACCUCUAGCGACACGAUGAAGGGGUCUACAUGCUAUGAGACUGCUCUCGCGAAGUGCAGGGGCGAGAACGGGCUUGCAGAGCCGCCACAGGUCCAGACUGUUGCGAAGCAAGGAGGCAACUAA